AUAAUAAUCAUAAUUCUUGGACAGUUCGAGGAGAAGAGAAUCUGAAUGAAGGGAGCUCGAACUAGUCAAGUGUAUCAAACACGCUCUGUGGGCGUCCGGCGACUCGUGUGCGACUGGCUAGGGCCUAGGGCUGCACUGCAGUGCAGAUGCAACGGCCGACAGGCGAUAAAAUAAAGAGCUCGUUCUCUCCAGUCGGCUUUCGUCCCCGUUCACAGCGUUGGAUUUGUUCGUGGUUUGGUGUGGCCGGCCGGUGGAGCGGAAGAGCUGAGCCCUCUGGCUAACGAUUUCAGCAGUGUCUGGCUGAAGAAUGGUAUCCCUCGCUGGGAAGGUGUUUCUUCUUGCUUCGGUUCUCACCAUCUCCUUGUACCAGUGUGCAGCAAAGCACGAGAUCAGCAAUGAGCGCUACUUCAAGGACACGAACUUUCUGUUCCUGACCCGCUUCUGCUUUGAGCCUGGUGGUCUCCUUGCUAUCAACGUGACAUUCCCAACGAGUGAAUGCUGUCCCAAACUACUUUUCUACUACAACACACCUGACCAAUGGUCCAAAGUCAGGAAGGGAAAUGGGGAUAGCUGUGAGUCCCGUGAGAAUGUCGCAGUGGCCAGGAAUAACUACAUAUCUCUGUCGCCACAUCUAUACGCUGGUUGCCGCGAAGUGAUGCUCGACGGCAUACUGCAUAUCCAGUGUGCAGGCACUACGACGUUCCGGACUUCAUGGCACGAGUGGUGGUUCAUCGUCCUCUCUAAUUGCGACAGGAACACACUGUCGCUAACCAGGCACAAUUUAACCAUGCACAACUCUCCUGGAAUAUUCACCUUGGAGUUUUCCGCGGACGAAUUCACGAUUCUGCAAACUGACAUAGCCUUCCUGGCGCUGUACACUGUCAUUGCUGCCCAGUGCUUAAUGGUCGCAAGGGUGCUGAAGAUGCGUCGGAUCCUGCAUCCAUCCUACCACCUCUACAUCUGCUCUGUACUGUGUUCAUUUAUAGCUGUGAUGUUCUCCACUAUCCACUAUGCUAUGUUUGCCAAUGACGGUGUCGGCUUUCCUGGACUCGACUCUGCAGGGGAGUUCUUCCGCUUUGUUGGCUUCUCAUGCUUCCUGUUCUUGCUGGUGCUACUGGCUAAGGGAUGGACUGUUACACGUGCACGACUUACGGACAAGAGUGCGUAUCGCAUCGCCAUUACCUUCUUCGUCUACUGUAUUGUGGCGUUGAUUAUGUACACGUGGUAUGCCGCUUCUGAUACGAAGAGUGAAGUCUUGUACGUGUAUGCCUCCCCACCAGGCUAUGGAUUGGUCGGCGUCUUCUUCAUUAUCUACGCCUGGUUCUGCUACGCUGUAGCGUUCUCCGUAAAGAACAACGAGGAUCGACGGCGUUUCUUCAAAGCCUUCUGGCUGCUCUACUCCCCAUGGUUUCUGGUUACUCCUAUCGUGAUCCUGAUCAGCGCUCAGGUUGUGGAGGACUACAAACGCCGGAAGAUUGUCAACGGAAUAUCGUUGGCAAUUGGCGCCUAUGGGCACCUGGUGUUUGCGGUUCUGACGUUUCCAGCGCAUUUCAGCGACUUCUUUCCGUACCACAUUCGGACCACCCAGAUUGCUGCGGCUACAGAAGAAGACGGGGCAGCCAUUGUGUAUGGUGCUGGACGAAAAGAUGACGAUCGGACAGCCGGCGAUUAUGAACCCAGUAACAAUAUGAUGCCGAUGCUCAAUCGCAGAUCCCUGCAGCUCAAGCUGUUCGUCAGGACGGAUGAUGUUGCCGGUUGUGACAUGAAAAUGGGAAUGGAAGUGGGCGAUUCCCGUGAUGAUGAGCAACUCCUUUCCGAUCCCAGCGCAAAAACAAAGAGCGUGAGACCGGCGCCGGGUGAUGGUGACCUGGGAGGUCUGGGUGCGUCGCAGCAUCAGAAGCAGUCCGCGUCCACUCGCAAUCUUCUCCAAUACACACGCAACGGCGUGACGGAGACUGGCCUGGCCGAGCCGGCUGUCAUCGUCAAUCUGGCCAUCCCUGAAGCGGGAAGUGUAGUGGAGCGAACCUCCAGAGUACUGAUUGACGACGACGAAGACUUCGGCGUCACCGAGAACCCCAUCAUGGAGAGAGACGGUGACAUCGCAGAGUCCGGCAUUGUACCGGGUUCGAGGUCAGACAGCAGUACUCCCUCGUUCUCCGGGUACUCAGCAACCGUAACCGACGGAUCGCGUGCGAGUCGUUCGUCAGGUUACCAGGGAGACAGUACGGAGCAGCUGCGAGGUCGUGGCCAUGUCAAGAACAGAACUAGCCGCAGCACUGACAAGCCUGACGGUGAAUAUGGUGUUGUUGCGAUGAAUACGUCUUACUCCACGACGGAAACAUCCUUCACCGAGGACCCGUCUAGAAGAAAGAAGAAGAGUACGGGCUUGUCCCACGAACCGUUACCGCCUAUCGAUGCGGAAUCUGGCCUCGCGUCCUACCAGAGUCUCAUGCAGCAUAACUCGCGCGUUGCAGCACUGUCUUUAGCCAUGGAGCCACCGACUAACAUACACGUGGGCCAGGUGCCGGCGGUGCCGGCGGGGCACAAGGGACGGAAGCGGCGGAAGCACGGUGAGUCGGACACCGAGAGCGUGUUGCCCGGGCGUGCAGCACCGCGGACUGUGGGCGAGCCGGAGAUUAUCACACCGCCAACUCGUGCCGAGCUGCUUACCCGACCGGCGUUUGCCGUCAGCCGCGGGCAAACGGGAGCGGGUGCAAGUACCGGACGGGACUCGACCGCGACCGGGACGGAAAGCGGCCCAUUCUCCGGCGGCUUCCCCAAGCCACCGCCGUCAAACACGCCGCUGACCGGCGGGGACGUGCUGCCUCCACCCCGCGGCAGCCGCAUGGCCUGGUCCCAGUCCAGCUUCAGCGGCCCCAGCGUUGACGAGCCCGAGCCCGACGGUGCGGUGGACGCGGGCAGCAGAAACCGUGGCGGCGCCAGCAGAAAGACCAGCUACGCCGCCAAGGCUCUACACAGUGUAGCAGCACCAAGCACAACAACCACAACGAGUACUGCCACCACCACCCAAGCUAAUGCUGUUCCUGUGAAGCGAAAGAAGAAGUUUACAAAGAAGAGACCGCAAGCAGCAGUUCCAGCAGCAGCAGCAACUGGGCCAGCAGGUGAAUCGCCAGCCGGUAAGGCGGCGGCGAAACCCUACUCGACGCAGCCCGUAUCGACUGACCAAUCAGCUGCCGACGGUGUUGUGAAGCAACGGGACAGCAUCUUCUCACCGCGUUGACCAGGUUCCUGUCGUCAAUGCAGCAACAUGCAGCAACAAGCAGCACACGAGCGUUCAUGCUCUGCGUGUAGCCCCGGCGAGAGGAUGUUGAUGUCACAAUCCGGUAUCAAAGCAUGGUGUGUGUUUCCCUGCAGUGUCAAAGUGCUACUCGUGAUCCGUUCUGUGCUCAGUAUAAUUAUUUUCCGCUAACUCGUGUCCGUUUUAUAUCCAAACUUCCACCCACCCUUAGCUUGUAACACGCCGUGUACUUGCAGCUUCCUGGGAAUCAACAGUACCGGUGUACUGCCAGCCGUAAUGCAUUGGACCUUCUGCUCACGCAUGCCUCUAUGAUGCGACAUGUCUCAAUAGCACCUGAACGUGCACAGUACACGUAUGCACAUGACCAGGGUACGGUGUGCACACGUGUGUGCUAAUACACCAGCGCCCACUCACCAUACAUGGAUACUCCCUAUUCACCAACAAAAACAAUUGGCGAUGCAUCGAUCAGAGAUGCACACUGCAUAUACCGCUCGUCAACGGGAUUACUCUAAGGGUUUUUCCCUAGCUAAGACUACGUUGCGUAGUAACAUCAUUCCGUGCACCAUCAUGAUCCUAUGUCUAACAUCACAUUCAUCUGAAUGACAAGCUGCAGAUAUGUAUAUAACGUUGCAUUCAUCCGAAUUACAGGCUGCAGAUAAUAAUGCCUUGCUCGAUAUUUCGAAGUACAAACUAAUAAUAUUAGGUCAUUAUUCUUGCACUCCGAACCAUUUAUCAUCUCUGAGAAUCAACUAAACAGAUGAUUGUACAUGUUUUCUUUCUCUUAAAAGUUACGAUUGUGAAGGAA